UAACUAAAAUAUGGAGUUUUCUAUUGUCAACCUUAGCUAAAACUACUCGAACAUGGAGUUUUACCCGAAGGGGUAUCUACAGUAUACUUCCAUUGGAGUAUAAAAUAUUUUAGCGAGAAAGAAUGGAAAAAACAGGGACUCGUAACUUCGAGAGAAAGAAAAGCGGCAAACAACGAAGGCACCGAGAGAUCCUCAUUUAAAUCACGCUGACUUCAUUCAUAAUUAGCAAGAAACGAAUACGGUUUCCCGCUUCUCUCCCCCUUCGAGGUUUCACGUCUUCUUAAACUCUGCAAUAUUAAGAUAUCUCAUACGGAAUGGAUCUUAACCUAAAUGCGUCCCAUUCAAUGGGAACAACUAUUAUCCGAGUAACAUAUGAUGGUGGUGUAGUUCUUGGUGCUGAUUCUAGAACAAGCACAGGGAUGUAUGUUGCCAAUCGUGCUUCGGAUAAAAUCACAGAGCUCACUGAUAACGUUUAUGUUUGUUGUUCUGGAUCGGCUGCAGAUUCUCAAAUAGUCUCUGACUAUGUACGCUAUUAUGUUCACCAGCACAUAAUACAACUUGGGCAGCCUGCCACAGUCAAAGUGGCAGCUAACUUGACAAGAUUGUUGUCAUAUCAGAACAAGAACAUGCUGGGGACUGGCCUGAUUGUUGGUGGAUGGGACCAGUAUGGAGGAGGUCAGAUAUACUCAAUUCCUCUGGGAGGAUCUAUUAUAGAACAGCCAUUUGCUAUUGGAGGAUCUGGCUCCCCUUAUUUGUAUGGCUUCUUUGAUCAGGCAUGGAAGAAAGACUUGACCGAGGAAGAAGCUGAGAAACAUAUUGAGGAGGCCGGUGCAGUGAAGGAAUUGCAGUUGGUUAAAUUUGCCCACUCAAUUUCUACUCAAUGCCCAAUAUCUAUAGUCUGGAAAAUCCCAAUUGCCAUUUUCAUCGGGCUCUCCAUGCCCACCCUUGAAAUAGCCCCAAACUUGGCUUUUCCUGUAUCUCGGCUUAUCAAAUCAUGUGCUAUUAACAUUUUCCCCAUAAAAAUAAAUUUUCUACAAACUAAACUGAGAGAGGAUUCCCUCACCAGAGAUCUUAACUGGAGAGGGGGCAUAUUAAUAACUGAUUGGUUUUUGAUUUGUCCCUGCCUGACAAUAAUGAUUUUUCUGUUUUCCAAAAAAAAAAAAGAAAAAAAUUCAACUGUUGGUUGGAUCAGUGUCUAUUACAUUGGCUGGUUUUAUGCAGGAUUAGUGAAGAGAGCCAUCUCUCUUGCAAUAGCUCGAGAUAGUGCCAGUGGGGAUGUGGUCCGUACUGUUAUUAUAAACAAGGAAGGUGUGAUGCGGCAUUUCUUCCCAGGUGAUGAGCUUCCGCUAUGGCAUGAAGAAUUAGCGCCCACUAGCUCCUUGCUUGAUCUUCUAACCGAGCCAAUGUCCACAUGAAAAUGCUUUCCACAUAUAGAUCAUCAACGGUUUCUUUUGUUUCUCCGUUUCAUCGGAAAAUUUCACUUUUUUGAAAAAAGCAAGAAAGACGGUUUGUUUGUUUGAAUUUGUACUAGACUCAAAACAUGAAAACAAAAUGUGUUUAGGUUUUCUUUGUGAAAUGUAGUGCUACAAAAACACUGUGCAGUUAAAAUUGGCAUUAUUGA